AUGGGUAAAAAAAACUCGAGAUUGUUGAAUAGGAUAUAUCAAAAACCAUUGCCGAUUGAUGUGGCUGUACAUUGUGCUGUUGUCUUAACUAAUCCGAUAUCAUGGUUGCGAUAUGUGUGGAAUUUGCUCCAUGUUAACUAUUUGAGUAAAGUGGCUACUUACAAGAUUAAUGUCAUUUACGAGAAUGGCAUUUUCAAAGUGGUUGAUUCUGACUCUAUGGUUAAGUUAUGGAGGGAAGGAUUUUUUGGCAAAGGUGUGUUGUCAAGGUCAGAACCAACAUGGCAUGCUAGAACAGUGACAAGACUCAAUGUUGUAGUAGCUAAUGAUGAUGAUGACGAUGGAAAGCCGAGUAAUGGUAAUGUCGCCAUGGAAGAUAUCACAAAGAGUCGAAGACAUGAAAGGAUUGAGUUUAAAAGACAACGACAAAGAUUGCAAGAUUUGCAAUUGAAGCAAAGGAAAGGUUCGAUUAGCAAUGACGAAGUUGUUGAAAUGGCCAAAUUGGAUGAACAAUUGGUUGAGUUUAGGAAAAAGGAUUAUAUCAAUGUUGAAGAAGAGACUGAAGUUGAACUAAGAAAAGAAGAUGCUGAUAUUAUUGGCAAUGAAAACGGGCUUGUUAUCCAAUUGGAGUAUAUGCAACUACAAGCUGUAGAGGUGUUUUUCUUGCAAUUUGCAUUUAAUAAUAUCAAUAUCAAUAACUUGACUUUGAGGCAAUUGUUUAUGCAAUGCUGUCAGCUACAUUGUUCUACACCCACGAUAUUUGCCAAUAACAGGUUCAUCAUCAAUUAUAUUGUGUAUCACUAUUUUCGAUCAAAAGGGUGGUGUGUAAGAUCAGGCAUCAAGUUUGGCACUGAUUAUUUAUUGUAUAAACGAGGUCCGCCAUUUUCACAUGCCGAAUUUUGCGUGCUGGUUAUGCAAGAUGAAGAUGAUUAUACAGCAGAUGUGUCAGCAUAUGAUUGGUUACAAAUAUGCGCUAAAGCUAGAGUCAUUGGUAGUGUGAAGAAGAAUUUUGUUCAAGUUUAUGUUGAGGCUCCACUGCAAAUCGAAUUUGAUGAGAUAUGGACAUCCAGUGGUGAUGAAGUAGAUGAAGGGUUAAUGUUUAAGCAAUUGUUGAGCAAGUAUAGAGUAUCUGAAGUAUUGUACAAGAGAUGGAAUCCUAGCCGGACUAGAGAUUAA